AUACCUUACGUUGGAAGGGGGGAGUUUCCCUGUAUUCACUCUCCGGGAACAGGCACCCCCUUCCAAAAGCCAGCACACCAAUUUUCGCUGCCCCAGGCCCCUCGACGACCCGGGUCGCCCAUGUUUCCGAUCUCGAGAUUCCCCAACCCCCUCCCCAAUUCCACCGUCCCAUCCCCGGUUCCACUUUCAGUGGCCCAAGACCCCUGACGUUACGACCACCCAGGGUUUCUGAGGUCCCGCCCUCAAGCCGGAGACCCCGCCCCGGGCUCGCCAUCUGGAGAGCAAGGGAGGAAGGAAGGAUACAGACCCAGGCGUUCACCCCACCUCCACCCCCGCCCCCGCCAUCCCGGCCAGAUAAAGGCGCCGAGUCCAGGAGGGGAGAGGGACCCCGCCCCCCUGAGAAGAGAAGCCGCAGCCCCUGCAGGACGGGGGCCUGCGUCGCGAUGGGCUCCACCGCCACCCCGGAGGGGGCGCUGGGCUACGUCCGCGAGUUCACGCGCCACUCCUCCGACGUGCUCGGCAACCUGAAUGAGCUGCGCCUGCGCGGGAUCCUCACUGACGUCACGCUGCUGGUUGGCGGGCAACCCCUCCGCGCCCACAAGGCGGUUCUUAUCGCCUGCAGCGGCUUCUUCUAUUCAAUUUUCCGAGGCCGCGCAGGAGUGGGGGUGGACGUGCUCUCCCUGCCCGGGGGCCCCGAAGCCGGAGGCUUCGCUCCCCUUCUGGACUUCAUGUACACCUCACGCCUCCGCCUCUCUCCCGCCACUGCGCCCGCGGUCCUUGCGGCCGCCACCUACUUGCAGAUGGAACAUGUGGUCCAGGCAUGCCACCGCUUCAUCCAGGCCAGCUAUGAACCUCUGGGCAUCUCUCUGCGGCCUUUGGAGGCAGAACCCCCCACGCCGCCGAUGGCCCCUCCCCCGGGCAGUCCCAGGCGCUCCGAAGGACACCCGGACCCACCUACUGAAUCUCGCAGCUGCAGUCAAGGUAGCCCAGACCCCAAGGCCUGCAACUGGAAAAAAUACAAGUUCAUCGUGUUAAACUCUCAGGCCUCCCAAGCGGGGAGCCUGGCGGGGGAGAGGAGUUCCGGUCAACUUUGCCCCCAAGCCGGGCUCCCCAGUGGAGAUGAGGCUUCCAGCAGCAGUGGCAGUGAAGAAGGACCCAUUCCUGGUCCCCAGAGCAGGCUGUCUCCAACUGCUGUCACGGGACAGUUCAAGUGUGGGGCUCCAGUCCAUACCCGCCAUCUCCUCACAGCCCCGGCUCAAGAGACCCCUGGCUCACACUCUGGGCCGGCUUGUCCCCCACCAGGAAGUGAAUUUUUCAGCUGCCAGAACUGCGAGGCUGUGGCCGGGUGCUCGUCGGGGCUGGACCCCUUGGCUCCUGGGGAUGAGGACAAACCUUACAAGUGUCAGCUGUGCCGGUCCGCCUUCCGCUACAAAGGCAACCUGGCCAGUCACCGCACGGUGCACACAGGGGAGAAGCCCUACCACUGUUCCAUCUGCGGGGCCCGCUUCAACCGGCCGGCCAACCUGAAAACGCACAGCCGCAUCCACUCCGGAGAGAAGCCGUACAAGUGUGAGACGUGCGGCUCGCGCUUCGUGCAGGUAGCGCACCUGCGCGCGCACGUGCUCAUCCACACCGGGGAGAAGCCCUAUCCCUGCCCCACCUGCGGCACUCGCUUCCGCCACCUACAGACCCUCAAGAGCCACGUUCGCAUCCACACCGGGGAGAAGCCUUACCACUGCGACCCCUGCGGCCUGCAUUUCCGGCACAAGAGUCAACUUCGGCUGCAUCUGCGCCAGAAGCACGGGGCUGCCACCAACACUAAAGUGCACUACCACAUUCUGGGGGGGCCCUAGCUGAGCGCCGCCCCGACCCCACUCGCCUCCUGGAAGCCGGCCUCCCUGUCGGCCUUGGGCAUGAGGAGAGGGGUGGUGUGCGAGGCCCCUCUGGUAUCAGAAACAGCCACCGCCUUAAAUUCUCAUGGGGGGGGGGGCGGGGGGAACAGGGAUGGCAGGUCGUGGCUUGAUCUGCCUGUUUUGCUGGUCAAAACCUCUUCCCCACAAUCGAAAUUGUCCUUGAGGAGACAGCAAGCUGGGAGCUGAGGGAGGGGAGAGACUGGAGGCCUGGAUUCCCUGAGGGAACAGUCCUCCACACCCGCGGCCCCCUCUCCGUUUGGUUUGUCUGUAAAUAUAAUUUAUUGAGGCCCGUGGGUGGCACCGGGGCCUCCAUUCGAUUGCAUUUCCCACCUCCCUCUUCCACAAGUGUGAUCCAAAGUGACCUGAAGCACAGUAUGCGAGGUCACCGCUCUGCUGGCAGAGAUUAGCACUUGGCCGCGUCCUUAGGCUUGAGUGUUUUAUGUUUAUUAUUGUCAUUAACUUUUAUCUUCGGAAUCCUUUCAUUUCUUCAAUCUGUUUGCUUGUUGGUGUGUGCAAAAUGGAGGAAGGGUUUCUGUGUGUCCUGUCUCUCCCGAUUGUAGGUCUGGAACCUUAAUUUUCUAGGGCAGCACUGGGCACGUGUGAGUUUGUGGCGUUGGGUCAGGAACCCUCUCCGGUAUUCUGGAUAAUGUAGGUUCUCUAGCAGGCUGGAACUGGCUAUAGACUUUUUUCUCUGUUUUCAAGACUUCGAGGAAGCUUUAUGGUGAGCCUGACGGGGAAGUAGGAAGUGUUUCCUGGGGGCUGUGGAUGUGGGGGCUUUGUCGGUGUUGGAGCUAGGGGGAAUGAUUGGAGAGGCUUUCUCUUAUGGCCCUAACCUUCCCAAGAGUCUGGCCACCUGGGUUUGGCUGCACUCUGUCUGUCUGGCAUGAACUGGGCUGUAUUUGAGCCCAGAAUCUUCCCACUGGGGCUUGUGCUUAGCACUGAGUUGAUCCCUCCAUGAGGGAGAGAUCUGAAAUUCCUUAUCAGAGAUGAUGCAAGCUUUUUGGGUUCUGCCCAGCCUCUAAGAAUGGUAUGACCUGCGGGGGAAUUAUGAAACUCUUUAUCUUGACUAACAGCUGAGUCACGACCAGUCCUUUACUGUAGAUGUGUCUGGAUUUGAAUGUUCCUUGGGAUUCUGUCUACAGGAGACAAACCCCUUCUCCCUUUGGUGAGCUUUUGGGCAUUUGUGGCAAGUGUUCAGAUUCCAGAAACAUCUUUGCCUUGAGAAGUCACAGGUGCUUAGUAACUUUGUUACUUUCGAGAAGCCAGGUCUGUGACCUGGCCUUCCUGCCACUGUGUUCCUGUCUGAAACCAGCGAAGGCAGCAGGACCUUCCACAGGGAGAGAAAUGGGGCUGAGUUCCAUUCUGGAUUUGCUAGAGUUUGGGAUUAUGAUUGGGAUUGCUGUUGGGAUUAGAGAUUUAAAAGAUUAAUUGACUGAUGGACCUUCCAACUGACCGAAUAUCUGGGGAGGACUGAGAGAUUGGUAGGUUGGUUGAGGGGCAGUCUCCGGUGCAGGCCAAGCAGGUGGAAAGUUGGGAAUGGAGUUGCCUCUUAACUGGAUGGGAUGUCUGGAAUGUGAGAUGAUACCCUAGGGCCUUGAUUUACAGUCCUUCCCCUCCUUGGGAGCUCUUCGAUUGCAGGGUGUGGCGUGGAGCUGGCUCAAGAUAGGUCAAGUACUAAUCGCUUCUGCUUGAGGCCAGGUGAGAAAGCAACUUUUCUUGAUCUUUCCCUCUAACUCCCCGCCACAGAGUUGAGAGCAGAAGAGAGAUAGGAGAAGGAACCAUGAUUUUUUUUUUUUUUUUUUUUUUUUUUUAAGUCAACUGGUUGGGCAGGUGGAGAGCGCCCAGGGGUGGAAAUGUUAGAUCCUGCAAGAUCAGAAUGUUGGAAUAAAGAAGCCUCUCUGUGCUGC